CCAAAUCAAAAAGUUAGUUACGUAAUUGUUAAGGAAACAAACAUUCUUGGUCAAAUAUUUUCCGUGUUUCGUGUUUGUUCAAUCAGUGUUAAGUUAAAAAAUAUAUUAGUUCUCAGUUUAAGAAAAAACAAUUAUCUCAGAGCGUCAAGUGCCUUAUUAUUAAAAAAAAAAUAUCCAAAAAAUAGCUACGAUUUCACACAGUGCUGCUUUUAAUGUUAAAAAUACAACUUUAAAAAUUGGUGAAUAAUUUUAUGAUAAUGUACAAAGUAAUUUUAGGAGUUAAUUUAGUUGUAGUUUCCAAAAAAAUUCAGGACAAUGACGCUGGAGUAAAACAAGAAAAUGCAUUCUCACUGUAGGUUAGUGUAUUAAAAAACCAGGCGUUAAAGUUCUGCGUUCCGGCUCCUAAAAUAAAACACGGAUAACCAAAUGUAAUAAAUUUUCGCACGUCUAAGUUUCCGCGGUGUGAAAUUUCAGAAAUAUCGUUUUCAUAUAAAUCUGACUUCGAAGGACGAGUAGAAGGAUCUUUUUUUCUUUUUCCGUUCUCGUUUGUUGCAUUAGUGUCAAAGUGCUACGAUUUGUGUUGAAACCAGAGUCGAAGUGAAGUAAAUAUAAUUUGUAACAAUCAAGAAUUCGGUGGUAAACAAAAGAAAUCGUACAACGUGGUAUAUUAAUAGAAAAUACAAACAGAAUAUUAAAACGCGGUGGUAGUGCCGGGUUUGCGUGGAAGGAUUUCUAACAAAUUUAGCCGAAUGGCUCUUUCCCUUCUAUCGCAGACCAAUUAUACCGAACUGCAAAAUAUUUUCGAUCCAUCACGUUUAAGCUUUGAUUAUCAACUUUCUGACCAAAUGGAAUUGGCAACAGCCCCAGCACCUAUCCAUAAUAACUUACAGGUGUCACAGAUAUCGCAAAAUACGGCAGAUUAUCACGAUUACGAAGUUAUUAAUUUCGUUGAUUCACCACCAAACUCAAAAGAUUCGUGGCCCAACGAUUACCAGAAAUCGGAAAGUAACACAGAAGGGCCCGUUAUAAUAGACGUCCAAACGGUUUACUCUUUAAAUUCAAAUCGAAAAAGACGAAUGGAUUGGGAAUCACUGGAUAUUAAUCAAGGUGUUGAUACUUUAUCCCAAACAAAUACCAAAAUUCCUAAUUUGGGUAAUAAAGAACGGGAAAAGAAAAAAAUAGCAGGAAGGAAUAGUUGGACGGAUGAUAUCGACUUCGACUUAAAUAGUGAAUUUGGAAACAAUGGAUAUCUUAACAAUGACGCAUUUCUAUCUCUUUCUUCGGAGCUGACUGUAUUGAAGCAAGAAAUACCAUCACCCAAUAGUGAUGAGCGAAAGGUAAAACGGUUGCCGCAACAACACACUCAGCAACCCCCAAACUCUGUCAACAACGCGAGCGGUCAAAACAAUGCUUCUAAGAACCUCCUCAAUGACGACAAUGGCAAAAAGGAACAAUCCGCCAAUGGCAAGACGGCAAACGGGUUGAGCAUUGAGGAUAAAACAAGUGCAAAUAAUGCAAUUGGAGCAUUGAAAUCGAAUAACAUUCCGCAAAGUAAGCCAAGCGGAGAUCAGAUAAUCGAACCGCAACCCACUUCGCUUCAACCGUUGAACCGCAGCCCAUCAGGUGUAUACACCCAGCAACAGCCGUCUCAGCCCCCAAAUUUACAACAACAAAAAAGCAUUAGUGGUGGUGCUGGAGGCGGUGAAACAAACAGUGCUCGUAAUAGCCCCAGCCAAUCAAACAUUCCUGAUGGCAAUUCCGAAGAUUUCAAGUUUCAAUACAUAUUGGCAGCAGCUACAUCUAUCGCAACGAAGAAUAACGAAGAGACGCUUACCUACUUGAACCAGGGCCAAAGCUACGAGAUCAAAUUGAAAAAGUUGGGGGAUUUGUCGCAGUAUCGUGGAAAAAUAUUGAAGAGUAUUAUAAAAAUAUGUUUUCACGAACGACGUCUACAAUAUAUGGAACGUGAGCAAAUGCAACAAUGGCAAGCAUCGCGUCCAGGUGAUCGCAUUAUUGAAGUUGAUGUGCCAUUAUCAUAUGGUCUAUGCCAUGUAUCGCAACCAUUAAAUCCAAAUUUACUAAAUACUGUCGAAGUCCUAUGGGAUCCAAUGAAAGAAGUCGGAGUUUAUAUUAAAGUCAACUGUAUAUCAACUGAAUUCACACCGAAGAAACACGGCGGCGAAAAAGGCGUCCCAUUUAGAAUACAAAUCGAAACUUAUUUAGAUAAUACAAAUGUUGACAAUUUGUUUAAGCCAAUACAUGCAGCUGCAUGCCAAAUAAAGGUGUUUAAAUUGAAAGGAGCCGAUCGCAAACAUAAACAAGAUCGAGAAAAAAUUCAAAAACGUCCACCCUCGGAACAGGAGAAAUAUCAACCCAGCUACGAAUGUACGAUCCUGAAUGAUAUUUCCACCGAUGCUAUUGGUCAGCAAGGAUGUUACAGUCCAGAAUAUAUAAAACCGACUGUCUCGCCGUUGAUGCCUAAUUCUCCUGUUCAUAUGCCAAAAUAUGAUGGUGUUUUACCAUUUUCAAAUACCAAUUCCAGCCCAAUUGCUAUAAAUAGUGUAACAUCAACAAACACAAACAAUUUCAAACUAAUGGAUCAAAAUAUGGUUUCACCCCAACAACCCGACAUUGAAGAGUUUUCAACAACAAUUACCAAGGAUUCCUCCCCAUGUCAGGUGUCCCAGUGGCUAACUUUCUAUCGCUUAACAGCUUAUGUUUCAACAUUCACUCACUUCUCCGGCUCUGACAUUUUAAGGAUGUCUAAGGAAGAUCUAAUUCAGAUCUGCGGCCUUGCUGAUGGCAUCCGCAUGUUCAACACACUCCAUGCAAAGGCCAUAACACCCCGACUAACCAUUUACGUAAGCAUUGACGGUAGCAGUUACCAUGCUAUUUAUUUAACAUCAAACACAACAAGGGAACUUGCUAAAAAACUCAUCAAAUUGCCUGGUUUCUACGAGUUGUGCUCGUCGUCUAACGUCAAUAUGAAUGGUAACGUCGAUGGCAAUGUAUACUCAGGCUGGGGAAUGCAUUCUAAAUACUCAGGAAGUGGAUCGAAUUUGUUUGAUGCUUCCAAAUUAAAUAUUUACACGAACGGUCCGUCCGGCAUUCUUGUAAUGGUAACCGAUGAGGUUUUGAACAAUGUGAAGGACGACAGUUUGUUCGCAAUUGAAGUACAAAAUGGAAAAGUGCUUAUGAAGACAAAUUACAAGAACGAAAGCUAAAGCGACGUUGCUGAAUGUUCCGAAAGGAUGCCAUGGGCGUGGUGAAUUAGCCAACGAUUCGGAGUAAAAUUAAUCUUCUUAAGAACUUUUCGAGCUAAAUACGAAAAAUGUAUCUAUUUGAUAAGUUGCGCAAACGUUAUUUUUUGUUUAUUCUUUAUCAACGUCUGCUGCUUUAUUUUUAUAGAGAACUUAUAAAAAGUGGAAAAUGCUUUCAAAAAAAUCCCUGUUUCCUGAUGCACUUUGUAAUAUUGGUUUUACAAUUUUUAUUCGCUUUUCGUGAACCGAGUUAACUUUUAAAUUUGUGACUAUUGGUUUUUAAAAUUCUAUUUUAUUCUAUGAAGCACUAAAUUUAAAGCUAUUCACAAUGUUAUUAUUAUUACAGAUCCCUUAGUAUCCCUUAGUAUUUUUGUUUGUGUGUGUUGCUGUUAAAUUUACCAUUGAUGAUAUAUUGUAACAUUCUUUAUUAUAUAUACAAGCCCUUUUAUCGAAAAAAUAAAAAAAGAUGACACACACGUAAA